GCUGACCACGGGUUUGGUCAUGUGACUUCUCGUUGCAGUUGAAAUUAUGCGGAGCCUUUACAGCUAGACACUUUAACGAUGGGUUCCUUCCGAGUAGACUUUAUUUUGUGUUUCUUACUCAGCGUUGUGCUGUCUAAAGGGCUCCCCUCUGCUCUGCGGAGCAAAGAAGCCUGGAACUAUGUGGAGGUGAGAGACGGGGCCCACAUGUUUUGGUGGCUCUAUUAUGCUGACAGUGUACAAGCCCAGUACAAGGACCUGCCUCUGGUCAUGUGGCUGCAGAGCAUCCCCUUCUACAUUUUCUCUGAGUCAUAUGGAGGGAAGAUGGCAGCUGCUAUCUCCUUAGAGCUCAGCAAGCAUUCAGUUCAGUUUUUAGCCAUAUUUAUGUAUUGUUUUGUCUUAUUUUUGGUUUUCCUUAAGAAUACCAAUGGAGUCAACUUCUACAACAUCCUAACUCAGAGUUCAGAUGAGAAGCUCACCUCUUCUGCAGGGCUGGACUUUAUCAGUCUGCAGAAACAUCGUCACAUUCGCCCCCUCCACAGCCAGUCCCUGAGUCAGCUGAUGAAUGGACCAAUAAGGAAGAAGCUGGGUAUCAUUCCUGACAAUGUCACAUGGGGAGGUCAGGCUGAUGAGGUCUUCACUAACAUGGCACAAGACUUCAUGAAGCCAGUGGUGGACAUAGUUGACCAGCUGCUGACUGCUGGAGUUAAAGUCACAGUCUACAAUGGACAGCUUGAUCUCAUCGUGGACACUAUGGGUCAGGAGCUGUGGGUGAAGCAGCUAAAGUGGGAGGGGAUUCGUAAUUUUAACGAGCUUAAGUGGACUCCCCUCGAUGAUCCUGCCACCCCGGGCGUUACUGGAGCUUUCUGCAAGACUUUUAAGAACUUUGCCUUUUAUUGGAUUCUCAAAGCUGGUCACAUGAUUCCUUCAGAUCAGGGACCUAUGGCCUUGCAGAUGCUGAAGAUGAUCACCCAGCAGGCCUGAACACCUUUCUCUGAUCCAAGCUGGAAGUGCACUGACAAUCAUAAUGAUCACAUUAUUUUUAAAAAAAAUAUAUAAAUUUAACUCCCUGCUAAACAAACUCCAAAGUGCAGUUGAUUACAAUACUGUGUAACAUUUUAACCGAAUAAAAAGCAAUAAAGACACAUUUGUUUCAUAAA